AAAAACGCGGCUGCGGGACUCAAGCGCACCAGCCAGGACGGCGAGAAGAAGCGCGCAGGUUUGCCAGCCGCCCAACGGGAAGGAGUGCGUGAGGAGCUCAGCUGUGUUUUCUGACUGCAUAAAGCAUUGAAGAUGAAGCUUGCGAUUAUUUUGAUCUGCCACUUGGGGGCGACUGUGGCAUUGCCACUCUACCAGGGGAAUUACGCCAUGCCCAUCAGCAACAGCAUGGAGUUUUUGAGAUACACCGGACUGGGCUACACUGGAGCGGGCUACGGCCAGACGCUGGCACUGCCGUACGUCCAGCAGCCGUUCUCCCGUUUCUACCAGCAGACGCCUGACUUUGUCCUGAAUCCACAACUGCCCCUUCAGCCUCAGGUGGUUGGUUCACAGUUUCCCCAACUGGCAGCAUUUCCCCCUCAAUUCCCAGGGACCCCUCAAAUCCUGAUGCCAGCACCUGGUUCCAUGCAGCCCACCGUGUUCCUGCCAGGCCAAGGCCAGUUUCCCCCCAACGUGUACAUCCAGCACGCGGGAGGCCAGACGCCCCAGAUGAAUCAGAUCCCGCAGAUUAAGCCGACGGUGGUCGUGCCCUCUCAGCCCGAUCAGAAUUCUCCGCAGGCGACCAAUCAGCCGGCAGGACAAGAGCCUCAAGCCCCUCAGCUGCCCAAGCAGGUUUUGACGAACAACCCCACGAUGGCACUGCCUUCACAAACCGAGCAGGGAUAUCCAUUUUAUUUUCAGUAUCGGUUCCCUCAGCAACAAACCCAGGAAAUCAAGCUGAGCAAUCCGCAGCAGCCUGCCCCGACGCUGCCAUCUCCGAAGGUGGUGCUGCCCGGACCUCUGCAGCAGAAAACCCCACUAAAUCAGGAGGCACAAAGUGAAACGAAGCUCGACAUUCCUGGGGAUGGAGGACAAGUUGCCCAGGCUGCCCAAGCCUAAAGUGCCCACUCAGCUAUGGAGGUCUCACUGAAUGGAAUGGAGGUGUGGAUAAAUGGAACCACCAUCACCACAGGGGGGCGCCACUCCUAAGAGCAGGCCAGUGUUGACUUACAUGAAGAACGGCUGCAAGAAGUGAAGAGCACAUGGGCAUUGAAUAUCAUGUGCCACACCAUGCCAGCCAAACUAACUGCAAUGCUUUCAAUAUUAAAGUGUCAUUUUAUUAAUUUAUGCUUAAAUAAAGGUCACCAGCUUUGUGAUGCCA